AUGAGGUUCACGCAAGGAUUAUGGGCUGUCAUGCCUUUGAUGUCCUCACUGGCAACAGCACUUCCAGCAAACUCGAGCGUUCCCGCCAAUGCCAUCUACAAGAAUCCCAAGGCCUCUGUAGAUGACCGUAUUGCUGAUCUCAUCUCACGUAUGACGCUUGAGGAGAAGGUUGGCCAGGUUAUGCAGGGUGAUAUCUCGAACUGGUUGAAUGUGACGGAUGGUACCUUCAACAGAACUGGGUUGGUAGAUAGCAUGAGCUAUAAGACCGGACAGUUUUAUAUUGGAUACCCGGUUCCGUGGGAGUGGGUCGCGAGGGAAACAUUGAGGGGGCAGAAGUAUCUAGUUGAGGAGACGAGACUAGGAAUACCUGCCUUGGUCCAAACCGAAGGAAUCCACGGGUUCUUGAUCGGCAAUGCGACUAUUUUCAACUCCCCAAUUGCCUAUGGCUGUGCGUUCGACCCUGAUCUAGUCAGACAAAUGGCCGAAGUCAUUGCCGAAGAAGGAGCAGCAUUAGGAGCCAACCACAUCUUCGCACCAGUAGUCGAUCUUGCACGAGAAUACCGUUUCGGUCGUGUCGAGGAGAUGUUCUCUGAGGACCCAUACCUUUCCGGUGAAUACGGUCAUGCAUAUGUUGUGGGAUUGCAGUCAAAAAAGGUUGCCGCCACUGUAAAGCAUUUCGCUGGAUUUGGCACUCCUGAACAGGGAUUAAACACUGCUCCUGUCCACGGUGGAGAGAGAGAGAUGAGACGGACAUACUUGCCAGCAUUCAAGAGGACCAUCAUUGACGCAGAUGCAUGGAGUGUUAUGAGUGCUUACCACUCAUAUGACGGAAUUCCAUCAGCUGCAGACUACCAUCUUCUGACCGAAGUUCUCAGGGGAGAGUGGGGCUUCAAGUACCAUGUCAUGACCGAUGCCGGUGGUUCUGACAAACUCUGCAAUGAUCACGGUCUCUGUGAGAAGGGUGAUAAGAGAGCUGUCACCAUGCUUGCCCUUACUGCUGGUAACGACGUUGAGAUGGGUGGAGGUUCAUUCAACUACCGCGCAAUUCCUGGCCUUUUGGAAGAUGGAACGCUUGAUAUCGAGAUCUUGGACACUGCUGUCUCUCGUAUCCUUCGUACCAAAUUCAUCAUGGGUCUUUUUGAGAACCCGUACAUUGCCGCCCCUGAAGACCAGUGGAAGAAGAUCAUUCAUUCGGACAACAGUGUAGCCCUUGCCCGGAAGAUUGACCGUGAAAGUAUCGUUUUGCUUGAGAACAAUGGUGUCCUGCCUUUGAACAAGAAGAAGGUCAAGAGCAUUGCUGUCCUUGGACCUAUGGCUCAUGGUUUCAUGAACUACGGUGAUUACGUUGUCUACAAAUCGCAAUACCGUGGUGUCACUCCUUUGGAUGGAAUAAACAACGCUCUCAAGGGAUCAAACACCAAGGUUACCUAUGCGCAGGGUUGUGAGAGAUGGAGCAACGACCAGAGUGGCUUCCCAGAGGCAAUUGCUGCUGCAAAGGAAGCAGAGGUCGCAGUAGUUGUUGUUGGAACCUGGAGUAGAGAUCAGAAUGAGCUCUGGGCCGGUCUCAAUGCCACCACCGGUGAACACGUAGACGUCCACAACCUCAACCUCGUUGGUGCCCAAGCAGACCUCGUCCGUGAAAUUCUUGCGGUCAACAAGAACACUGUCGUCGUUUUCUCAUCCGGAAAGCCCAUCACUGAGCCCUGGAUCUCUAACUCUUCUGCUGCCCUCGUUCAACAAUUUUACCCCUCCGAGGAAGGUGGUAACGCCUUGGCUGAUGUUCUCUUUGGAUCCUAUAACCCCUCUGGAAAGCUCUCAGUCUCGAUCCCUCGUGAUGUCGGAACCGCCCCAUCAUACUAUGACUACCUCAAGGGUGGCAGAUAUGUUGAUGCCGGUGCCAUCUAUGAGAAUGGAACGAUGAAGUUUGGACACCAAUACGUCCUGUCCAGCCCCCUCCCACUUUAUCCUUUCGGAUUCGGAAGGAGUUACACUUCUUUCUCGUUCACUAAUGUCACUCUCAGCCAGACAAACGUCACUGCCGAUGCCAUUGUCACUGCUAGUUUGAAGGUGAAGAAUACCGGCAAGGUUGAUGGAACAGAGGUUGUGCAGCUCUAUGUCACCGAUAAGGUUGCGAGUGUUGUGGUGCCCAACAAGGAGUUGAAGGGAUUUGCAAAGAUUGCUUUGAAGGCUGGCCAAGAGAAGACUGUCAAGAUUGACGUCGAUGUUAGCACCUUGGCGGUGUGGAACACAAGGCAUCAGUCUGUCGUUGAGAAGGGAGAGUUUAUUGUGUCGGUUGGUGACAGCUCGGAGAGUCUCAAGUCUAAAGCUUCGUUCUGGGUUGGUUAA